GGCAGCAGAAGGGAAGGAAGGAAGCACAGGACAAGGGACAGAGGGAGGAAGACGGAAGUGGGAGAGGAAGGAGAAUCCAACCACAACACCUCACUGUUCCCAGGGAGAGGGGCAGAGGCCAGCUAAGGAAAGGGGUGGGGGAAGAGGUGAGAGAAGAAGAGGAGGAAGGGGAGGGAGGAGGGAGGAGGAUGUGAGACUGGGUGGAGAGAGCCCUGCUGGUGACACUCAGAGCCCUCCCCUGGAGCAAGCAGGCCCCCUCCACAAGGACCCAGAGAGUCCAGGUGCUGCGUGCAGAGGCUGAAGGCUGUGGAGCCAGAGAAGGAGCCAGCAAAGCCAUGAUAUUUCCAAGGAAAUGUCAGAGUGCACAGAGGGGCUUGUGGAUCACCCAGUUGUGGAUCUGGACAGUGCUCUGCUGGGAAUUCCUGGCACAUCAUGGAACUGACUGUUGGACCUACCACUAUUCUGAACAACCCAUGAACUGGGAAAGUGCUAGAAAGUUCUGCAAAGAAAGGUACACGGAUUUAGUUGCCAUACAAAAUAAGAGAGAAAUCGAGUACCUGGAGAAGACAGUGCCCUUCAACCGUUUUUACUACUGGAUAGGAAUCCGGAAGAUAGGAAACAUAUGGACAUGGGUGGGAACCAACAAGCCUCUCACAAAAGAAGCAGAGAACUGGGGACCUGGGGAGCCCAACAAUAGGCCCAAGGAAGACUGCGUGGAGAUCUACAUCAAGAGGAUGAGAUAUGGAGGCAAGUGGAACGAUGAAGCCUGCCACAGACCAAAGGCAGCCCUCUGCUACACAGCUUCUUGCACACCCGGGUCAUGCAGUGGCCACGGAGAAUGUGUGGAAACCAUCAACAAUUACACCUGUGACUGUGAUGCUGGACACUAUGGGCCCCAGUGUCAGUUUGUGGUCCAGUGUGAAGCAUUGGAGGCUCCAGUGAUGGGUACCAUGAUCUGUAAUCACCCUUUGGGAGACUUCAGCUUCAGCUCACAGUGUGACUUUGCAUGUUUUGAGGGAACAAGCUUAUUUGGUCUUGAUAAAAUAAGUUGUGGGCCAUCUGGAAACUGGUCCUCUACAGAACCAACCUGUCAAGUGGUCCAGUGUGAGGUUUUGGAGGCCCCAGAGCUGGGCAGCAUGGUCUGCACUCACCCUCUGGGAACCUUCAGCUUCGGCUCACAGUGUACCUUCAAAUGCUCCGCGGGAACAAAGCUACUUGGAGAUGGUAAAACAAGAUGUGGCCCACUUGGAAACUGGUCAUCUCCAGAACCCACCUGUCAAGUGGUCCAGUGUGCGGCUUUGGAGGCCCCAGAGCUGGGCAGCAUGGUCUGCACUCACCCUUUGAGAGUCUUUGGCUUCGGCUCACAGUGUACCUUCAAAUGCUCCGAGGGAACAAAGCUACUUGGGGAUGGUAAAACAAGAUGUGGCCCACUUGGAAACUGGUCAUCUCCAGAACCCACCUGUCAAGUGGUCCAGUGUGAGGCUUUGGAGGCCCCAGAUCUGGGCAGCAUGGACUGCACUCACCCUCUGGGAACCUUCAGCUUCGGCUCACAGUGUACCUUCAAAUGCUCCGCGGGAACAAAGCUACUUGGAGAUGGUAAAACAAGAUGUGGCCCACUUGGAAACUGGUCAUCUCCAGAACCCACCUGUCAAGUGGUCCAGUGUGAGGCUUUGGAGGCCCCAGAUCUGGGCAGCAUGGACUGCACUCACCCUCUGGGAACCUUCAGCUUCAGCUCACAGUGUACCUUCAAAUGCUCCGCGGGAACAAAGCUACUUGGAGAUGGUAAAACAAGAUGUGGCCCACUUGGAAACUGGUCAUCUCCAGAACCCACCUGUCAAGUGGUCCAGUGUGAGGCUUUGGAGGCCCCAGAGCUGGGCAGCAUGGACUGCACUCACCCUUUGGGAGCCUUCAGCUUCGGAUCGCAGUGUGCCUUCAACUGCUCUGAGGGAACAAAGCUACUUGGAGAUGGCAAAACAAGAUGUGGCCCACUUGGAAACUGGUCAUCUCCAGAACCCACCUGUGUAGUGAUUCAGUGUGAGCCUCUGACAGCACCUGACUUGGGGUCCAUGGACUGCACUCACCCCCUGGCCAACUUCAGUUUUACCUCCACGUGCACCUUCAGCUGCUCAGAGGGAACUGAGCUAAUUGGGGAGAAGAGAACUGUUUGUGGAUCCUCUGGAAUCUGGUCCAGCCCUCAUCCAAUAUGUCAAAAAUCAGACAGUUUCUCAAAGAUCAAGAAAAUUCUUGUUCUCCAUAACUCACUCCUCAUUUCAGUGGCAGCCAUAGUCACUGCAUUCUCUGGGUUGAUAUUUAUCAUUUGUGUCACUAGGCGAUUAAGAAAAGGCACGAAAUCUCAGAUACGGAACAAGUAUCUGGAUCCUUAUACAGUGGAGUUCCAUGAUGGGAUCUACACACCAAUACAACAAUAAACUGUCGCCAGGUGACAUGACACCACAAGGCCGCAGGAUGGAGGGAUAACCAAACAGGGGCAAACUGAAACAGAGCCCCUUUAAAACUAAAAGCAACUUUAAACAGAACUUCCUGAUAACUGCUUUUUGGCAUGUGGAGUUUCCUCCCGCUGAGAGUGGACACGGGAAGCCUCCGCCUAGCCCCAGGUACUAAUGAAAUGAACUGUGACAUGUUUCUGAUUAGCACAGCCCAACUGAAUCUGCACAUGUACAUUUCCGGCCCUUUGACCCACCAUCCACCUGUCCUCUGAUGAAAGCUGUCUGUACACCUCAGCUGCUGCAAGAUGGAUCUUGGAGAAAGAAUGGCCUCCUCUAUCUUCCUCAAGGCUGGUUUUGAAUAAAGCUGUUUUCCUUCACA